AUGUUCUGGGUUCUCUAUAUGAUAUUUUCUAUAUUUCGAUCCCAUCGAAAUCGAUUUUAUUGGCGUAAUGGAAAAUUACAUUUCACAAAACGAAAUCCACAACAACAACAGCAUCAAAUACCAUUAACACCUUUACAAGAAGAACAAUUAUUUAGACAAAAUAUUCGACAAUGGUUUAUAUUUUAUAGUAUUUUAACUUGUAUUAUAAUUAGUAUUCUUAUUCAUCGAUUAUAUUCUCGUCAAAAAAUUUCUGUAUAA